AUGGCUUACUUUUUGCUCCUUCGUGCGCCGCUGUGUGCGGGCGACGGAAUCAGGAUCAUCCGUGAAGCCUCUGUAUGGAGAAGUUUUCGACUUUUUCCCCCAUUCCACACCACCGACCAGGAAAGGAGCAAACUCGUUGUCGAGUGACAGUGCGUACAAAAGAUUCUGACGCCAGUUCUCGAAGGAGUUCACUGUCUCAAUUAAGCACCACUGCUUUGGAGCUCUGUGUGAAUUCGCCAUACUGCUGGAUUACUCCGGACGCGUUCUGACGGUAGAAUAUUUCCACAGCGUGACUCUCUUGUCUGGAUACCGCAACGAACUCGGAGUUUAAUCCAUCUUCAGGUCGAAACGGCCGAGGUCAGGGAUCUUGGGCUCAAAAGGUUGGUGACCACUGCUCUAACGUGUGAGUGGGCAUGCUGCACACUGCACGCUCAGAAGGAUAGAGGGGGAGGAGCAGGAACUAACUAGCAGAUUCCAUCCCAGGUAGUGUUGCUACACGGAUCACAAUAUUGAGAGCGCAAACAUGGCGACGUCCCUGCUACGAAUAGGACGACUCGGGUCGCUCAAGGUGAACCAGAAGCAUACAUUGUGUAACCGGCUAGAUCAAGCAGGGAGACACUUGGAAAACGUCAGAUCGAGGCUGCACAAUGCCUACCUAGAGAACGACCAUGCCCUCCGAAAAAGCUUGCUGGGAAUGCCCCUUAGGACUGAAUUGCUUAUCAGUAAUAACAUGUCAAGAGAGCGUCCAUCGGGGAGCAUGGAGCGUACUGAGGACCCCCCCUGCUGCCUCUCUCUGCUCCAAACCAGAGGAGACCAAGACGCCGCCCGCGCCGCCCCCCCGAGCCAAAGUUCCCACGAUUUUGGGAGAGGAGGAGCGGGCCGCUCUGCUGGCCUAUAAGACGCCCGUCUCCUUCCCUGUUAAGCUCCUCCCCCCCAGUGCUUCUCCACCCGCGCUAGCAGCAGCAGCUGAGGCAGCAUACUCAACAGUCCCAGAACUUGCCGUCACAGACAUCACUCCAGGGUCAUCUCCGGCAGAACCCACUAGCACCCCAGCUACCUCGGAACCCGUGGCCUCUGUAACGGUGGCAGCUCCAGAGCCAGAAGUUGCAGCUGCGGAACUUGCAGAGACCGAAGCAGCUGCAGAACCAGCUGUGGCAGCAGAACCCAUAGUGACCGAAGCAGCUGCAGAACCAGUUGUGGCAACGGAACCCAUAGUGAUGGAAGCAGCAACGGAACCAGUUGUGCCAACGGAACCCAUAGUGACGGAAGCAGCAGCCGAACCUGUAGUGCCAGAAGUUGUGGUAGCAGCAACAGAGACCAAAGAAGCUGGGACAUCACUGGCUACUGCAGAGGAAGUGAAGGCUGAGGCAGUGCUCCCAGAAGUAGCUGCAGAGGAAGUGAAGGCUGAGGCAGUGCUCUCAGAAGUUGCUGUGGAAACGACAACAGCAGAAGCUGUGACCUCAGAAGCUCCAUCUACUGGUGACGCUGCUGCUGAGCCUGUCGUUGCCAUGGCAGCAGCACCUGCUGAUCAGGAUGCCUCAUCUUCCUCUUCCAGUGACUCGGACUCCGAUUCAGACUCAGACUCUGACUCAGAGACAUCUUCAGAGGCUGCAGGGAAGCCCAGUGUGUCAGCCGAGCCGAAGCCUGAAGCCCCACAAGUCCUCUCUGCAGUGGCCGCCACCCCAGAGGUUGCUAUGGAGACCUUAACUGUGGAUCCCACUCCAGCGCAGGAAGCACUGGCAGCUGCCACUGAAGCCGUAACCGAGGCCGUAACCGAGACUGUAGAAGCUGCCACUGAAGCCGUAACCGAGGCCAUAACCGAGGCUGUAACCGAGGCUGUAGAAGCCGUAACCGAGGCCGUAACAGGGGCUGUGUCUGAGGCUGUAGAAGCUGUGGUGGAAGCCGUUGCCCCAGCUGCUGAGGAGCUGGUUGAUGCCGCCCCAGUCGUAGAUGAAUCUGCCCCUGCUGUAGAAACUGCAGCCGAAGCUGCCCCGGUAGAAGCUGAAGCUGCCUCUGCUAUUGCUGAGGAUGUGGUGGACCCUGCCCCUGCUGAAGAGCUGGUUGAUGCUGCCCCUGUUCUAGCUGAAGCUGCCCCUGCUACUGCUGAGGGUGUGGUGGACCCUGCCCCUGCUGAAGCUGAACUCCCUGUAGAAGAGUUUGUUGAUGCUGCCCCUGUUCUAGCUGAAGCGGAAGCUGCCCCUGCUGAGCCUGCCGCUGUAGCCCCUGUGGCUGAGGCGACGGGGGCAGCUGUAGGUGGGGCAGAAGCAGAAGAGGCAGCUUCGGCGGUAGGUGGAGCAGAAGCAGAAGAGGCAGCUGAGGCGGUAGGUGGGGCAGAAGCAGAAGCUGGGAGCGCAGAGGAGGAGCUGGUGGACCCAGCAGCUGUGGUGCUGACGGAAGCCCCAGCCACCGAGACACCCGAGGAGGCAGAGCCCUUUGAUAACAGCUCGUACCGAAACCUUCAGCAUCAUCAGUACAACGAGUACACCUUCGCCGACAUGGACGUGGAGAUGAGCAAGUACCGCCUGCCCCAACCAUCGUCACGACGACCCUCGCCAUGACGACCCUCGCCAUAUCCCUGAACACACACACACCCUGCCCCAACCAUCGUCACGACGACCCUCGCCACAUCCCUGAACACACACACACACCCUGCCCCAACCAUCGUCACGACGACCCUCGCCAUAUCCCUAAACACACACAC